CACUUCUUUACCCACCCCCAGGAAAAGCAGAGCGAGAGAGCGUGUGACGGCCAGGACACCACUGCGAGGGCGACGGCAACCAACCGCCUCGCCUGGUCUGCCGAACAACCCCUCGGGCCCGUCCCCUCAAAUGCGACGGCGGCGACGACGACAAAGACGACGACCUCCGCCACUCGAUCCUCUCGAGCCCCAGCCCGCGCCCUCUCGCCACCCUAACCCGAGGAGACCCGGUCCGGCCCCGGUUCUGCCGUGACGGUCGCUCCCCCUCCUCACUAUGGCGAUCGCCAUGGGCUGGCGCAAGCCGUCCAACGUCGCCGGGAGCUCGGCUCCCGCCAUAAUGGUUGGCUUCUUCGUUGCCACCGGCGGCCUGCUCUUUGGCUACGACACUGGAACAAUUAAUGGUAUUCUUGCCAUGCCCUCUUUCCGACACCAGUUCUCGACCGGCUAUACCGACCCGAUCGACGGAAAGCCGAGCCUGUCCCCAAGUGAAUCGUCACUGGUCGUUGCCAUUCUCAGCGCCGGCACCUUCGUCGGUGCCCUGAUCUCGGCCCCCCUGGGAGACCUCCUCGGCCGCAAGAAGGCCCUCAAUCUGGCUAUCGGUGUCUUUUGCUUCGGUGUCAUCUUCCAGGUCUGCUCAGCCGACAUCCCAAUGCUUAUGGUCGGAAGGCUGUUUGCUGGAAUCGGUGUGGGAUGCGUAUCCGUACUCGUCCCGCUGUAUCAGUCGGAAAUGGCGCCAAAAUGGAUCCGCGGAACCAUGGUGUGCGCAUACCAGCUAUUCAUCACGUGCGGGCUGCUGGCUGCAUCGCUUGUCAAUAUUCUCACGUAUCAGAUGCCAAGCGCUGCCGCAUACCGUAUACCCCUGGGUGUGCAGCUUACGUGGGCCUGCGUGCUCUCGCUGGGCCUGCUCAUCCUCCCCGAGACGCCGCGCUAUCUCAUCAAGCGCGGCAAACAUGAGGCGGCUGCGCUGUCGCUCAGCCGCCUCCGCCGCCUCGACAUCACUCACCCCGCUCUGAUCGAGGAGCUGGCUGAGAUCCAGGCGAACCAUGAGUACGAGCUGGCCCUCGGCGCCGACACGUACAAGGAUGUCUUUUUCGGCUCGCCACAUCUGGGCCGGCGGAUCCUGACCGGUUGCGGCCUACAGAUGCUCCAACAGCUCACUGGUGUCAACUUCAUCAUGUACUACGGCACCACCUUCUUCAAGGGCGCCAACGUUUCGGACCCGUACCUCAUCUCAUGCAUCAUGAAUAUCGUCAAUGUUGUCUCCACCAUACCCGGCCUGUUGGUGGUCGAGUCGUGGGGCCGUCGCAAGCUUCUUAUCAUGGGCGCCGUCGGCAUGUCCAUCUGCCAACUCCUCAUUGCUUCCUUCACCGCCGCCUCCAAGGGAACCAUGGUCGUCGAGCAGAAUCAGCUUCUUGUCAUCGUCGUCGCCAUAUACAUAUUCUUCUUUGCCGCCUCGUGGGGCCCCGUCGUCUGGGUUGUCACGUCCGAAAUAUUCCCGCUCAAGGUCCGUGCCAAGUCCAUGUCGGUGUCGACGGCGUCCAACUGGCUGCUCAACUUCGGUAUCGCGUACGGCACACCAUACAUGGUUGGGUCGGGGGAAGGCUACGCCGACCUUGGCCCGCGCGUGUUCUUCGUCUGGGGCGCCUUCUGCAUUGUCGCCAUCUUCUUUGUGUACUUCAUGGUGUACGAGACAAGCAAGAUGAGCCUGGAGCAGAUCGAUGAGAUGUACGAGCGUGUCCAGGCCGCCUGGAAGAGUCGCAACUUCGAGCCCAGCUGGAGUUUCCAACAGAUGCGGGACCUUGGUUACUCGGACAGCGGCCUUCCGCCAGAAGACCAGCACAACCAACUCCACCACAUCAGCACUUCCCAGUCCGACGCCGCCACCAGUCGGACAACAACUUCGGACACGGACAACAAAAUGCUUCCAACAAUGGGCAAUAUUGAUUUGUCAUAUUGACCUCACUCCCCCCUCGUUUUACCUGUGUUUUUCUUCCUUUCCCUCCUAUUGUCGGGCUUUUCAUCAGUACUGCUUUUCUUUUUGGGAUUUCCUUAUUUAUUCUAAAACCUGGCUCUCUUCCGAUGCCCUUACCUAGCCCCUUAUUCCUGAGCUCGUCUGAAGCUCCACUCUGCCCUCCAUGGGUAAUUUUGCUUUUUUCCCUGGGUAUGCUUCCGGAACAACGAACAAGCCCAUGUGCCCCCUUAUAAGUUUUACUAUGUCUCCUUCAUCUUUGGUAUUCUUUCUGUUUGGGGGACCUACUUCUUUCGCCCCUCUGUUUAUUUUACACGGAUAUCAGCGUCGGAGUUUUAUGAUGAGUUGGAGUUGACUCGGUGGGUACUGGAAGUCUUCAUAUUGUGUAACCAGGGUGGUCUACUCACGGUCUCCGGAGAGCUUAUAGCUGGCCAUGCGUGCACUGACCCGUAAAUACGACAUCAAAGGCCAGAAUUUGGAUAUACCCAUCCAGGCUAGGGAUAAACAGAACUAGAUGAUCCUCUGA